AUGGCCACCAGCGACCAAUCUGAGCAAUUAGCUCCAGGCCAAACCGUCAUGAUACCAUCUCGAUCAGGCAGAGCCUUCACCAUGAAGAAAGGUCAACGGCUGACAGUCAUCGAUCCACGGGGUGAACAGGUCUCCGAUUUGCUCGCGUUCAACACCCACGACCUUGACGAGGUCAUUUCCUCAGGACGUACUCUCGACUACGCUAGCCGCAUCUACCUCACCAAAGGCGAUCCGCUGUACUCGAACCGUAGCAACGUGAUGUUGCGCAUCAUCGAAGAUUCUGUCGGCCGACACGAUUUCCUCCUCACGCCAUGUAGCAAGGACACCUUCCGCAUCAUCUACGGCGACAAAGAGCCGCACCAUGGCUGCUUUGGCAACCUAUCCACUGCGCUGAUGCCAUACGGCAUCUCAUCCGAUCGUAUACCUGUCGCCUUCAAUUGCUUCAUGAAUGUGGCGAUUGAUGGAACCACGGGCCAGCUGUGCGUUGAUCCGCCGAAGAGUAAAGCGGGUGAUCACAUUACAUUCGAGGCUGAGAUGGACUUGACGAUGGCGUUGACGGCUUGUUCGGCAUUGCAGUCAAACGGUGGAAGCUUCAAGCCGAUACAUUAUAGAAUCGACGAUUGA